AUGAAGUCCAUCGUUUUCGCGAGCGCUCUUGCCGCCGCCGGCUUUCUAGUAAGCUCUGCGAGCGGACGUCCACUCAAUCAUAAGCGCAAGGUUGUCACUGAGGUAGUCUUCGUCACCGAAGUCAUGGCUGAAGUUGCUGUCUUCGUCAAUGACGCAGGCGCACCCUAUUCAACUGCGACUUCGACAAUCCUCACUUCACCUGUCACUGUGCCCUCGAUCACAGCUGAGACGACGUCGUCAACUGUCGAGCCUCCGCAGACUUCAUCAGCCGUGCCAGAGCCAGCUCCCUUACCAACGUCUUCCACAUCUGCUUCUCUGCUAGCAGAGCCUACUGCUGUCGACGUUCAGGGUGCGACCACGACACCGUCACCGUCACCGUCACCGUCACCGUCACCUGCGCCGCCAGCUCCUACUCAAGAGCCUGAGCCCCCGCAACUAGCGUCCCCGCCCGAGGACAUCCCUGUCGACAAGGCUGCUGCUGGAACUCUACCUCUGGGUAUAACUUGGGAUGCGUAUAGCAGCUCCGCCAACUGCAAGACCCCGGAUGAAGUUGCUAGCGAAUUCAGUAGCAUGAAGGACUACAAAGUCAUCCGCAUCUAUGGCAUGGACUGCAAUCAGAUCCCACUUGCAAUUCAGAACGCCCAGAAGAACGGCCAAAAGCUCAUGGGCGGCGCGUAUCUAGAUCCCAGUGGCGGUGGUGAAGAUCUCAGCCAGGUCAUCAAAGCCUACAAGAGCGCCAUUGACCAGUAUGCCGGCGGCAAUUGGGAUGUUAUCCAACUCUUCGCUGUCGAGAACGAGCGCGUCAACGAACGGAGAAUGACAUCUUCACAAGUUGUCGACGCAAUCGGUCAAGCCCGCACCCAGCUACGAAGCGUCGGUUACAACGGACCUGUGGGCGCAGUCGAGACCGCUCCUGCUACGCUUGACAACCCUGCCAUCUGCGGCGCUUCAGAUGUGGUCAUGGUCAAUAUCCACGCCUUCUUCGACCGGAACACCCAAGCUCAGGAUGCUGGUACAUUUGUCAAGAGUCAAGUCGAGCGUGUAAAAGCCGCAUGCAGUAACAAGCGCCUUAUUGUCACUGAGUCCGGCUGGCCUCGCCAGGGUAAUGCAAAUGGUGCGGCCGUCCCCUCGCCUGAGAACCAACGAAUCGCCCUCGAUUCCCUCCGCGCGAGUUUCAAUGGCGAUCUGUUCUUCUUCAGUGCCUAUGACUCGGAAUGGAAAGCUGACUCUGCGUCAACCUUCAACGCGGAGCGCUACUGGGGUGUACUCGACUAG